GUUACGCAUUGUUGACGUGCUUCAGGAAAGAUCCUGAUGAUGAUGAUGAUGAUUAUGAUAAUGAUAGGAACGCAAUGAUCGAGCCUGUUUGUGAUUGCUUAAACCUGAAAUGAAACACCCUGAAGAGGCAGACAGAAGAAUUCACAGCAGGAAACACGUAACAGUCGGGAUCUCCGGCACGCUUUCAGCUCUACCUGGCCCUUCACAUCUGGAUUUGAGUCAGUGAUCUGACUUUAAACCACGCUGCGUUUGCUUCGGAAACUUAAUCCUGCGUGUAGGCGAAGUGCCGUCCGUUUAUUGUCUUCUUGUCAGUCCGGCCAUGAGUGCGUUGCGUUGUGCUGUCGGUGUCUUUGCGUCUCUGCUUGCAUACUUUCUCAUUUGACUCAUUCAUUAGGCGUGUGAACACCUGGGGCACUGACAGCUUUAUACUGAAGCACAGCAGCUUUCUGGCCGAAGAGAUGAGAUUCACCGGCUACUUGAGACUGCGCAUCAGGGAGGCGGUGGACUUAAAGCCCACCACUUUCUCCACGCGACACACUUUCCACAAGAAAACGCAACAGCUGGAUCCUUACAUCGUGGUCAAAAUGGACAAUUUUAAAGUGGGCCAGACAGCCAUCAGACCCAGGACCAACCAUCCUACCUUCAAUGAAGAAUUUUGCCCGUAUGUAUGUGAGGGCAAAGUGCUGGAACUGGCCGUUUUCCACGACACACCAAUUGGAUAUGAUGACUUCGUCGCCAACUGCACCAUCCAGCUGGAGAGUCUGCUAACGUCAUCCAGCAGCAGACAGACGUUUGACGGAUGGGUUAACCUGGAACCAGAGGGCAAGAUCUCCAUCUCCAUCUCUCUCACAGGCUCCUUCACAGAUGAUGAUGCCACUAUUAAUGGAUGGAGGGCUCAUAAGCAGUUAAGCAGGAAACGACAGAGGGCUUUGAGGAGGAAAGUGCACCAAGUCAAUGGGCACAAAUUCAUGGCCACUUUCCUACGACAGCCUACAUUUUGCUGCCACUGCAAAAAUUUUAUAUGGGGAGUUUUCGGAAAGCAGGGUUACCAGUGUCAAGUAUGCACCUGUGUGGUCCAUAAGAAAUGCCACCAUCUAGUUGUUAGUGAGUGUCCAAAGAUGAAGAAAACAGCAAAUGGGGGUGCCAGUCAAGGUUUUAGCAUCAACGUACCUCAUCGAUUUCAUGUGCACAAUUAUAAAGUGCCCACUUACUGUAACCACUGUGGAUCACUCCUGUAUGGUCUGGUGAAACAGGGUCUUCAAUGCAAAGGUUGUAAGAUGAAUGUGCACAUUCGCUGCGAGCAAAACGUUGCUCCCAAUUGUGGGGUGAACAGUGCAGAGCUGGCUAGCAAGUUGGCAGAAAUUGGCUUAGAGGCAGGCAGACUCAGCAAACACAACUCCCAGGUACGACAUCAGCUGUAUUGUGAAAAGAACAGCCAACAUUGGACCACGAAAACAUAUCAAGUAAGUCCGUGUGUGUGUCUAUUGCCUUUCUUACAGAUAAGCACGUCCUCAGUGAAGUCUUCAAGUUCGAGUAUUAGAAGUCAAGGACGGUCUGAGGUGGCUCAAGAAGAGAGGAUGAAGGUGGGGCUUGAGGAUUUUACAUUCCUACAGGUCCUGGGAAAAGGCAGCUUUGGCAAGGUGAUGCUGGCUCGCUUGAACAGUGAUUUAGAACAAGUGUAUGCAGUGAAGAUGCUGAAGAAAGAUGUUAUACUCCAAGAUGAUGAUGUGGAGUCCACCAUGAUCGAGAAGCGAGUGUUGGCUCUGGCCUGCCAUCACCCAUACCUCACACACCUGUACUGCUGUUUUCAGACUACUGACCGUUUGUUCUUUGUCAUGGAGUUUGUGAAUGGGGGCGAUCUCAUGUUUCACAUCCAGAAGUCUCGACGGUUCGAGGAGGCCCGAGCACGGUUCUACGCUGCUGAAAUCACCUCUGCUCUUAUGUUCCUCCACUCCAAAGGCAUCAUAUACAGAGACCUGAAACUGGACAACAUACUACUGGACAAAGAUGGCCACUGUAAACUGGCAGACUUUGGUAUGUGCAAGGAAGGAAUAAUCGAUGGAGCCCUGACUGCCACCUUCUGUGGGACACCAGACUACAUUGCACCUGAAAUCAUCCUAGAGGAACCAUAUGGCAUGUGUGUGGACUGGUGGGCUAUGGGAGUGCUGCUGUUUGAGAUGCUGUGUGGACACGCGCCAUUCGAGGCAGAGACGGAGGACGAGUUGUUUGAGUGCAUCCUCAGGGAUGAAGUGAUCUAUUCAUCUUGGCUUAGCAAUGAAGCAGAGGAUAUUCUCAGAGGGUUCCUGAUGAAGGACGCUUCCCAUCGAUUGGGCUGUAUCAAGAGGGAUGGAGGGGAGGAGGCAAUCACUGCUCACCCCUUCUUCAGAGACUUGGACUGGGAGAAGCUGAGGAACCGCGAGUUGGAGCCCCCCUUCAAACCUCGAAUAAAAUCGUCAGAGGAUGUGAACAAUUUUGAUCCUGAUUUCACCCAAGAAGAGCCCACACUCACCCCCAUAGAAGAGGCGCUGAUCCCCCUGAACCAAGAUGACUUCAAAGAUUUCUCCUACACAGCACCUGAGCUUCUGCAUGUUUAACGCACAAAUAUGUAUAUAGUGCUUAUUUAUACUUCAGGUCAAUCAUGAACAAUCUUUGAACAUGCUUAGUCCGGCAAACACUGAAAGUCUUUAUUGGAAUCUGACAGUGUGAAUUUGUGCACAGUUUGAUUCCCUGCUGUCCAAACACCCCAAAACAUGUCGACCAGAUUUUAUUUUUGAUCCCAACUCUGUCCUGGAAUUCUCUUGAAGUGCACAUUUUUGUGCUAUUAUUCUCAAUCCCUUUCUUUUAGAACCACAGUUUUGUCUUUCACCUGUUUUAACAUGUAAUUGAAUAUGUUAAUUAUAAAUCCCGGAAGGGUGGCAUGGUGGUGUAGUGGUUAGCACUGUCGCCUCACAGCAAGAAGGUCCAGGUUCGAGCCCCGUGGCCGGCGAGGGCCUUUCUGUGUGGAGUUUGCAUGUUCUCCCCGUGUCCGCGUGGGUUUCCUCCGGGUGCUCCGGUUUCCCCCACAGUCCAAAGACAUACAGGUUAGGUUAACUGGUGACUCUAAAUUGACCGUAGGUGUGAAUGUGAGUGUGAAUGGUUGUCUGUGUCUAUGUGUCAGCCCUGUGAAGACCUGGCAACUUGUCCAGGGUGUACCCCGCCUUUCGCCUGUAGUCAGCUGGGAUAGGCUCCAGCUUGCCUGCGACCCUGUAGAACAGGAUAAAGCGGCUAGAGAUAAUGAGAUGAGAUAAAUCCCAGAAUCACCCAAGUCAAUUUUGGUAUGCUUCUGAUAAGCACAAAUAAUAUUCAGCACGGAGUUUCCAAGAAUAAGAAUCACUGUUUUUUUUCCUUUUUCUUGUUGGAACAAGCCUGAGUCAACACUCAGAGGACUAACAGAAGCGUGUAUUAUCAUGAUGUGAUUUAUAGGAGAGAAAACAUCAUGAUCUAGGAUUGUUGCUUGGAAACAGAUUAAGCACAAAGAUAUUGCUCACCACGAUUCAAUGUAAUGGCUAUGAAUUGCAGAGAAUCCUCUGCAUGUGCUCAUGUGAAUGUGUUUUUGUGCUUAUAUGACAUGUUUGUUCAGCUAUCAACAUGUGAGUCUAGGCUUAAGGGUCUGUUUCACAAUCAGGUUAUACUUUUCAGGUCCACAAUAGUCCAAAAAUCAAACCUCAGCUUUUUGCGUUUCUCUGGUGCCAAAAAAUAUACCUUUUGAGAUGGAAAUUAACCACACAGAAUUCCUAAGCUACAGGUCAUGUACUGGGCAUGUUACUUGUGGUGAGAAGACAGCAUAUAGUGUAUUUCUAAAUUUGAUCCACUUUCUUAUAGUCCACAAGACUAAGGUAUACAAUGUGAAAAACUCUUGAAAUAUAUGUCAUUUUAAGGACAAAUUUCCAAGUACUGUGCAGCAAUGUUUGCACACGGUGGUGACUGUAAUAACAGCUGACGUGGUGACGAUCCUUGUGGUUUUUCUGAGAGGACACUUUUUAACUGACUUGUAUUUCAACCACGUGUGAAGCUCCGCUGCUAAUGUGUCUUUUAUCUGUUUCAAGUCCUGUGUUUUAACUGUGCAACAACAUAGUAUUCUGCUUCAAAAGAGAAAUAUUUUCUUUAAAAAAUCAUUUACAACCUCAUCAUAUGGUGAGUGUUUCCAAGAGUGGACAUUUUUGAUGGACAAAGGAUCCUGUCUGAGGCACUUCAUUUCCCAAAAAAUGUAACUUCCAUUUAAAUAUCUUUCUGUUGUGAAUGGAAGUAUACGUCCCAAAGUAAAACCUAGUUAGUGCUAAAAAAUGUAGCCAGUAAAAUCAAAGUGUAAUAAUUAAAGUAGAAUUAAAUGAAAUGACCACAAGGUCAAAACUGAGCCUUCAUUUGACUCUUACAAAUAUAUUUAUAAGAACGUACAAAAGACAUUACUGCUGUAGGUAGGGCUGGUGUGUCUAUAUAUACUGGACCAAGUUGCAGGAGUUAGUUGUUGUGAUCCAAGAAGACAACCAAGGCACAGUAGUGGUUAGCACUGUCAUGGAUGUCAUGGUUAGGUAUUGUGGUUAGCACCGUCACCUCACAGCAAGAAGGUGGUUUGAACCCCAUGGUUCAAAACAAGGGGUUUGAACCCCAUGGCUGACAGGGGUCUUUCUGUGUGGAGUUUGCAUGUUCUCUCCAUGUCUGUGUAGGUUUCCUCCAAGUGCUCCAGUUUCCUCCACAGUUCAGAGACAUGCAGAUUAGGUAAAAUGCCCAGCCAAUGGGGCUGUACAAGACAAUGCAUACUUGGUGCUAGUCCCAAGCCUGGAUAGAUUGGGGAGGGUUGUGUUAGGAAAGGUAUCUGGUGUAAAAACUGAUGCUAAAUUCAAUAUGCAGAACAGAUCUGCUGUGGUGACCCCUAAUGGGAGCAGGUAGAAGAAGAUUCAAAAAGACAACCAGGAUUGUGAAACAGCCCUAUGGUAGAUUUAAUGCAACACUUAAUAAAAAUCGUCAUCUUCUUUCUUUAUGUUCGUAAAUGUUUUGUACACUUAGUACAUGUAUACUUAACUGUGCACUUACUGUAAACACCAGAAUGGGUACACUUCCUUAUUCUGGUCAUGAUGUUAGCACUAUGUCAACUGCAAAAAAUACUUCAUGAAGACUGCUUAUUAUAAAUUGACUGACAAUGUUGACUAUUUUAUGUACAUUUGAUUAGCCUUAUCAACUGCUCUGAGUGUAAACCAAAUAAAUCAUAUUGCCUUUUUUAUAUUA